GUGAACCUUUGCGUCAUGCCUUCUCAUACUCAUUCCUAUAACACCGUGUUCGCCAUAGAGAACGAUUCGAUGGCUUCUAAUAUAAAAAAUUUUAACAUUAAUUCUCAAUUUCAAACUCCGUUUUGGUAAGUUUUUAUGUAUUUGGGCAUUUUCAAUGUUCUCCUACUCGUCACUCUGCUCUGAUCUGCCCUGCUCCAUUCUUUCUCAUUUUUAAUAUGCUUCAUAGUUCUUUCUCUUUUGAUUUUCUCAGUUCAAAGUAAUUUUAGAACCAUUUCAAUUACUGCCUAUGCUUAUUUCUGUGUAUACCCAUUUAUUGCUACUUUGGAUGUCAUCUUGACAUCAGUAUUUCUCGUUUGCUACUCAUACUGAUUCGUAUAUGUUUUCGUUUUCUCUUCUCUGUUGCUUCUUCUAUUAUUUUCGUGUCCUAUUUUUUUGUUCCUUUCUUUGUGAUUAGAAUCGUUCAUUUGUUUCAUACAAACUUCAUUAUUGGGUUCCCUCUUUCAGUCUUGUAAAUUGUGAUUUCAGCAACCCUCUUUACAUGCAUUAAAGUGAUAUACCGCACUUUAACAUACUGGUCAUAUCCAAAUUGUUUGGGUUAUAACGAGACAUCCUUUUCGGUUCUUAUUUAUGAAGCUGGUUCUUGGGGAAAGGAAUAUGCUUGGAAUGAAGGGAAUGGGAGUAGGAAAACAACACUCGUUCAUGACACAUGACCAUGGAUGUCUGGUGAUUGAUGAAAUUUGUAAAUGGAUUGUUGCUCCCUUUUCUUGUCGCAAUCAAUUCUGAUGGGCUUUUUGUUUAUGUAUUUAAUAUUUACUAACAAAGAUGGUUUUAUAGGAGUUGGCUAAAUACUUUCUCAGAAGCUGUUUUCGGAAAGAGCAUUUCCUCUUUUAACUUUGUAGUAGGAAAAACCCAUCUCUCUUCGUUCUCUUCCGUUGUUUUCAUUACCACCGCUUACUAUGUUUUAAUUUAUGUUGGAAGUAAAGUCAUGAAACAUCGUUCCCCCAUCCGUCUAAAAAGAAUAUUUCAGUAUUACAAUCUUGUUUUUUCGAUUACCUCCGGCAUUCUUGCCCUAUUGAUUUUUGAACAAGUCGCUCCCAUCAUUUAUCAGCACGGAUUCUUCUUUUCUAUAUGCAAUGAAAAGGCCUGGACACAACCUCUUCUCUUUCUUUACUACUGUGCUUUUAUUUCUAAAUUUCUUGAAUUGGCUGAUACUUACUUUUUGGUACUACGUAAAAAACCCCUUCAAUUCCUUCAUUGCUAUCAUCAUGGAGCCACAGUUCUUUUGGUCUAUUCUCAAAUUGUUGGAAGAACCUCGAUUUCUUGGCUAAUCAUUGAGAUUAAUCUAUUGGUUCAUGUGGUCAUGUAUUAUUACUAUUACCUUGCUGCCAAGGGUGUUCAAGUUUCUUGGAAAAAGUGGGUUACUCGCUUUCAGAUCAUUCAGUUUUUUGCCGAUUUAGGCUUUAUUUAUUUUGUUGUCGGAACCGAAGUUAUGUACCGUUCGAAAUUUUACAGAAAGUACUGUAUGGGCCAUUGUUCUGGUCAGCCAUUUGCAGCCGUUUGUGGACUUAUUACAAUUUCUUCUUACCUGAUCCUAUUUAUAUUUUUUUAUCAUAAGACCUACAAAAAAGUCUUGCUGCAAAGAAAGUAAAGCAAGAUACCUGCUCGAAUACUUCAGAAAAUUCACAAUAGAAGGUCUUUUCGAAAAAACAAUACUUCGAUAACCGAAGUUAGCUGCAAUACUCUUGUUAGCAACCUGGGUCGUAUGUCUUCCGGCUUGAGUAAAGACAAUUAAUUAGUAAUCUUUUGGAUCAUUUUUUACCCUUUUUGGACUCGAGUCGACAUGACUAUUCUUUUCAAACUUGCUUUCGCAUACGCUUCGUACAUUCGUUUCAUUAUGUACAUAUACGAAAGCAGUCCUCUUAAUAAGUGAUUUGAGCAAACAAACACUGAAGCAAGAAAAAACCCCCCAUGAAAAGUUCAACGACUUCUCUCAAAGUAAGAGUGAUGUCCUUUCUUUUUUUUGGCUUUUUAUAUGGAUUUAUGAAAGAAAGGCGUUCAUCCAUGUACGUAUUCGCAAUACUAUCAUGCUUAUGCCAGUUGCGUCAGAAUACGAGUGGUUUUUACUGCAUCUGCCUUAUUUCUUGAAUGCAUUCUUUUAUUUCAUUUACUUUCUAUUUAGCUUAUUGAUCUAGUCGCCCUCUUUUGGUCAUGCAUUCCAAUGCUUUAAUCUCAUUUACUUGAUAUUAUCUGUUGAAUUCAAUCAAAUGUUUAACAGUUGCUUUUUUAAGUUGUUCAACAAUUUGUACAUAUUGUAAUUCCAAUUAUGGAAUUCUUCCUGGUAUAUAAAAAAAUUACAUGAUGCUGACGG